GUUAGUACCAAAACAAAUGCCGAUCGGAGAAGUCGCGCGCGUGUCUUUGUAGCGCCGCGAGCGUAGUAGAAAAAAAUAAAUACUUGUAAUUUUUCGUUUUAUUGCGCAAAACCUGCUAAAUAAUCACAAACAUCUACAGAGUCAUUCACUUCAAUAUAUAUUAAAUAUAACAAAUAGUUUCCUUUUUCAACAUAUUAACAAGACGACGUGCCCAACAACAACAACAAAUUAUACGUGUAUGUUUUUGCUACCAAAAAAACGGCCGUCGCUCGAAUGAGUGUGUGUUUGUGUAAGAGUGUGGAAAAAAUUCAAAAGUUGCGGCAUUCACAUUGUGCAAUAAUAAUGUUAUCGUAAUCGUUAUCGUUAUGUGCAAAUAUUUUAUACAAAAAUUUAAUUUACAACAACAAAAAGUCACCAAAACAAAAUUAACAAAAUAAAUGAAAAUCAAUUCACAAUUUUUUCAAAAUAAUAAUUAAGUUAAUAAACAAUUUAAAAAUCAUAUGCCAAUAAUUUUAUAAUCAAUUAAAUAAACACAUUAAAACAAAAACGUAAACACAUCGCCACUGAGAAUUUUGGACUUUGGGAAUAUCAAACGAAAUCUUAUUAGACUGAAUACAAGGACAAUUGGAAUAUUAAUUUUAAGAUUUUGAAUGAUUUACAACACAAAAUGGAACUGCAUCAACGACAUCUCUCCAACUUUUACAAAUUGCACAAAUAAAUGUUAGACGAAAUUGCAAUAACUUGAGAAGACAUUGCAUUGUGAUUGCAAUCGAUUAAUCCGAUAGCGCGAGCGAGAUUAAUCACAAAGACAGACACAAAAGCAAGAUGCCCAACAUGUCAAGCAUCAAGACGGAGCAAAGUGUGUCGCCAGGUGCCAGCGGAGGCAGUUAUCAACUGCCCGUGAACAUGUCCUCCACGUCAUCCUCUUCCACCCGCCACAAUGUCUCGGUGACGAACAUCAAGUGCGAGCUGGACGAGCUGCCGACACCGAAUGGCAAUCUGGUGCCCGUUAUAGCCAACUACAAUAAUCACAACAAUGCCAGCAUCAAUCACAGCAUCAACAAUCACAAUCAUGGCGGCAGUCUGCGCAUUCCGCUCGGCCUGCAGUCGACCAAGGAGGAUGAAUCCGACUCCGAGCCGGAGCUGGCGAACAUUGAGAAUCUGCAAAAGGUGCGACGUCGGGCAGCCGACAAAAAUGGUCCGCGACCCAUGUCCUGGGAGGGAGAGCUCAGUGAACCGGAGACGGGUGCCGACGAGGAGCUGAUGGAAACGGAAACGGUCAUCAAAAGCGAAUCGAGUGGCGGCCAAGUUGCAGCGAUGAUGCAGCCCAUUAAAACGGAGUUGGAGCACAUAGCUGGCGAGCUGCAGUUGCAGCAGCAACAUCAACUGCAGCAGGAGCAACAUCAUCUGCAUCAUCACCAGCAACAUCAUCUGCUGCAGCAUCAACAGCAGCAACAUCAUCAACAGCAUCUGCAGCCCAUCAAGCAAAACUUUGGCCAACAGCAGCCCAACAAAUUGAAGCUGGCGCCCACGCAAAGCGAUCCCAUCAAUCUGAAGUACGAGCCAACGACAUCAUCCUCGACAUCGUCGCUCUGCGAUCGCAGCAAGUCCAGCAGCGGCGGCCAUUUGCCGCUGCUGCCCGCCAAUCCCAGUCCAGACUCUGCCAUACAUUCCGUCUACACGCACAGCAGCCCAUCGCAGUCGCCUCUGACGUCGCGCACGCCCCCCUACACGCCCUCGCUGAGUCGCAACAACAGCGACGCCUCACACAGCAGCUGCUACAGCUACAGCUCCGAGUUCAGUCCCACCCAUUCACCCAUCCAGGCGCGUCAUGCGCCACCCGGAGGCGCCUCGCUGCUGCCCGCCGCCGCCGCUGCCAGCAGUUAUGCCAAUGGAGGAGGCGGAGGCGGAGGUGCUGCACUGCAUCAUCAUAGCGUGCUGUAUCGUCCGCUCAACGUGGAGCCAACGAACGCAGGCAACUCAGCGGAAGCGCAAAAUCUCAGCAUGGAUGCCACACUGGACGCCACGGCUGCGUUGCCUGCCUCGCCGGCGGGCAUCUCACGGCAGCAGCUGAUCAAUUCGCCGUGUCCGAUAUGCGGCGAUAAGAUCAGCGGCUUCCACUACGGCAUCUUCUCCUGCGAGUCAUGCAAGGGCUUCUUCAAGCGCACCGUUCAGAAUCGCAAGAACUACGUGUGUGUGCGUGGCGGUCCCUGCCAGGUGAGCAUCUCGACGCGAAAAAAGUGUCCCGCCUGUCGGUUCGAGAAGUGCCUGCAGAAGGGCAUGAAGCUGGAGGCCAUACGCGAGGAUCGCACCCGUGGCGGUCGCUCCACCUAUCAAUGCUCCUACACGUUGCCCAACUCGAUGCUUAGUCCGCUGCUCAGUCCAGAUCAAGCAGCUGCCGCUGCCGCAGCGGCCGCCGUUGUCAACCAGCAACAGCAGCAACAUCAACAGCAGCAGCAACAUCACCAGCGUUUGCAUCAGCAACAGCAGCAGCAGCAGACGGCUCAGCAGCAACACGGACCACUCAAUGGGUUUGGCGGUGGUGCAGGAGGCGGUGGCUGCAGCGGUGGCAGCAGCGUUGGCUCCAACUCCCUCCCCGCCAGCCCCAGCCUGGGCACUUCCAUCAAGACGGAGCAAACGGAGCCGCUGAAUCAUCAUGCGACGCGAGCCUCAAGCAUUCCAUCCCUCUUGCAGGAAAUUAUGGAUGUUGAACAUCUCUGGCAAUACACCGAUGCUGAGUUGGCACGCAUCAAUCAGCCGCUGUCUUCGUUCGCAUCUGGCGGAUCUUCGUCGAGCUCUGGCGGCGGAUCGGGCACAGGCGGACAUCACACUGCCAAUGCACAACAGAUGACCAAUCCACUGCUGGCCAGUGCUGGUCUCUCAUCCAAUGGCGAGAACGCCAAUCCCGAUCUGAUCGCCCAUCUCUGCAAUGUCGCUGAUCAUCGGCUCUACAAGAUUGUCAAAUGGUGCAAGAGUCUGCCGCUCUUCAAGAACAUCUCGAUUGACGAUCAGAUCUGCCUGCUAAUCAAUUCGUGGUGCGAGCUUCUGCUCUUCUCCUGCUGCUUUCGGUCCAUUGAUACGCCCGGCGAGAUCAAGAUGUCACAGGGCAGAAAGAUUACGCUGGCCCAGGCAAAAACCAAUGGCUUACAGGCUUGCAUUGAGCGCAUGUUGAAUCUGACGGAUCAUUUGCGACGUCUACGCGUUGAUCGCUAUGAAUAUGUUGCCAUGAAGGUAAUCGUGCUGCUGCAGUCCGAUACCACGGAGCUGCAUGAGGCGGUCAAGGUGCGCGAGUGCCAGGAGAAGGCGCUUCAAGGACUGCAGGCAUAUACGCUGGCCCAUUAUCCCGAUACGCCGUCCAAAUUUGGAGAGCUAUUGCUGCGCAUUCCCGAUCUACAGCGCACAUGUCAGUUGGGCAAGGAGAUGCUGACGAUCAAGACCCGCGAUGGUGCCGAUUUCAACUUGUUGAUGGAACUGCUGCGGGGAGAACAUUGACAAAUGGAAGGCAAUCGUCGCCGUGCCAGGGGCUAAGGCGUACAAGUUUUAUAUGCUUAGUAUUAGUAUAUCUAUGCCUAGGUUUAAGUACUCGAUGUGUAAGCUCUGAAAACAUGUGCCUAAAAAAUGGACCCACGUCCGCAGAAACAGCAGCAACAACUUCAACAACAAACAAGAACAAUUGCCAACAGCAGCAGCAACGAAACUCGAGAACAAAACUGAUAGCACUUAAAAAAACGAAGAUGGAGAAUUUUUUUGAAAGCGCAAAAAUUGCCAAAUUUAUACAAAAACCUAAAACGUAAUACAUCAAUUGAAAUGUAUGUUCAAUAUGCUGUGAGAGCAUUUUGUAGUUGUUGCUGUUGUUAUGCGGCUCGAGGAGUUUGUUUAAAUUAUAUAAAGUUUUUGCUAUGUAUACAUAUACAGUAUAUACAUUUAUAGGGUAUACAUAUAUGUAUAUGUAUAUAGUAACUAAAGCACACAUGGAAAAUGAAAAGACUAAGAAAUUUAUUUAACUUUAAUAAUAUAAAUUACAAAUUGCAAAAUCAAAUUCUUAUUUUUAGUUCAAACAAAAACAUAAAAAAGGAGGAAGUGAAAAUGAGCAGAUUAUGUUUUUUAUAUGCAUAUAUACACACCUAGGAUAUAUGAAUAAUAUCAAACAAAACCUUUAAAAAUAUAUUUUAAUGAAAUGCCAAAACCGAAAUUGGUUUAAAUGAGAGCUGCUAGAAUUUUCGAACUAAUCAUAUAGUAUAUAUGUAUAUGUAUGUAUAUCAUAUGAGAAAUCCAUUUUUAAAUGUUGUAGCAUUUAGUUAUAGUGCAAUUUCACAUAUGUCUACUUAUCCGAUAGAUACGUACUGCGUGUGUAUAUAUCUGCAAAUUAUACAAGUAAAACAAGAAACAAGAAAAGACCACUCGAUUGAAUUUGUGCCGCCUCUUAGUGGCGUGGGCGUGGCUACAACCUAUUCCAGUGAUGCUAUUUGUUGCAUAUAAAACCAUUAACAAAUACAAACUACAUAAAUCAAAUUUAUUCUUUUGUCAUUACACAUUAAAAAAAUAAUAAAA